AAUGAAGUUAAGGAAGCAGAAGAAGUUAAGGAGGAUGGAGAAGAAGUUAGGGAAGGAGAAAAAGUUAAGAAUUAAGAACAAGUUAGGGAAGGAGAAGAAGUUAAGGAUGGAGAACAAGUUAGGGAAGCAGAAGAAGAAGUUAAGGAUGAGAAGUAGUCUGGGAUGGGGAAGAAGUGAGUGA